AUGAGGGAAGAGAAAUUAGGUGCAUUAAGAAGAAGACUUGUAACUCGUGAAGAUUGUUAUGCUAAAAUUGUUUUUCAAAGGACUAAAGAGGGUAAAUAUUGGGUUUUUAAGUUUAUUGAAGCCCAUAGCCACAUUCUUGCCUCACCUAUUUCUAGGCAACAUUUAAAAGGGUCAUCUAGUUUAAAUAGUGGACAAAAAAGAUACAUUAUGAACAAUUUGAACUUGAAUAAAGGUCCAACAAGUUCAUAUAGGAUGUGGAAAGAACAAGUAGGAAGUUAUUUGAAAGCAAUUUGGGCUGAUGGUAUUAGUAGGAGAAACUAUUCAUUGUUUGGUGAUUCGAUAUCUGUGGAUGCUACUUAUGGUACUAACAAGUAUAAUCAAAUUUUUGUUCCUUUCUCGGGUGUUGACCAUCACAAAAAAUGUGUUACUUUUGCUGUCGGUCUUAUUAGUAGGGAAGAUGUAUCUUCUUAUACUUGGUUAUUUGAAUCUUUUUUGAGGGCAAUGAAUGGUAAACAACCAGAUUCCAUUAUAACAGACCAAGAUCCAGCCAUAAAAAUUGCUCUACCCAAUGUUUUUGACAAGUCUAUUCAUAAAUUCUGUUGUUGGCAUAUAAUGAAGAAACUAACUGAUAAAGUUUCUAUUGAUUUACGUAAUGAUGAUGAGUUUUUAAGAAGAAUUAAUAGACUUGUAUAUAAUAGGGAUAAUGAGCCCCAUGAAUUUGAAGAUCAGUGGUCAAAAAUGAUGUCGGAUUAUGAGCAUGCUAAUUUAAGAAAUAAUGACUGGUUGAAUAGUAUGUAUGAUAUUAGAGAAAUGUGGGUGCCCGCAUAUUUUAGAGAUCUUUAUAUGGGUGGUUUGUUUAGAACAACAUCUAGGUCGGAAAGUGAGAACAAUUUUUUCAAUUACUUUGUGAACAAAUUUCUUACAUUAGUUGAACUCCAAAUGAGGUUUCAAAGUGCAAUGGAUGUUCAACGUUAUAUGAUGCAAACACUAGAUAGUAAAUGCAAGUUAUAUUCUGCACCUUUGAAGACUCGUAUCCCUCUUGAAAAACAUGCUUCUAGUGUGUACACAGAUGUUGUUUUUAAGGAUUUUCAAGAACAAAUUCUUAGCGCACGCGAUGAGUGUGGUUUUGAAAAGAAUUUCGUUAGAGAUGGCAAGGAUGUGUAUCGUGUGGUACAUUUCAACACUGGGACAAUUUUUGAAGUUGUGUAUGAUGCACAAACAUUGUAUGUUGAUUGCUGUUGUAAGUUAUUCAAAAGAGUAGGAGUCUUAUGUAAGCAUGUAUUAUGGGUUUUGCAUCCAAAAGGCGUUAAAUAUAUACCAGAACCUUACAUAUUGAAAAGGUGGUCAAAAGAUGCUAGUAAAACACCUGUCUAUGAUAUUGAUGGCACAUUAUUGGAUGGUAAUAGUGCUAUGGAAUCUAGAAAAGGGGUUUUAGGAGAUGUUUGGAAUGAGGUACAUCGAUGCAUUAGUUUGGCAGAAGAUGAUGAGGAUGAUUUGGUUGAACUUUUGCACAAAAUGAAGUUGUAUUCAGCUGAACUUUUAGCAAAAAAGAAUCGUGGGCUUGAGAAGACAAAACGUCAAGAGUUAGAAAAGUGUUUGGGUUGUGAAGCUCCUAAAACAAUUACAAUUCAAAACCCUAAACAAUCUUCAAACAAAGGCAAGAGGAAAGAAAAAGAUCCAAAACAAAAGGAUACUGAAGAUGAAGAAGAGCAAAGGGUGACCAAGCAAAGACAAUGUAAAAGUUGUGGCAAAGUUGCAGGUCACAAUAGUCGUACGUGUCCACAUAAGAAAAAAUAA